AUGCGUAUGAGCGAAGGCUAUGGAGUAAUAGUACUGAAUCCCAAUGAGAACUAUAUUGAAGUGGAGAAGACAAAAGCCCAAGUACAGCUGUCUUCUGAUGGCUCAGAUGAACCUGCGGAAAAGAGGGAAAGAAAAGAUAAAAUCCAGAAGGAAACAAAGAAGCGACGCGACUUCUACGAAAAGUAUCGAAAUCCACAAAAAGAAAAAGAAACUAUGCAGGUGUAUAUUAGAGAUAAUGGAUCUCCUGAAGAACAUGCAAUUUACGUCUGGGACCAUUUUAUUUCCCAGUCAGCUGCGGAGAACGUGUUUUUUGUUGCUCACAGUUAUGGUGGACUUGCAUUUGUAGAGUUG